AUGGAUAUUUACGACACUCAGACCUUGGGGGUUGUGGUCUUUGGUGGAUUCAUGGUCGUUUCUGCCAUCGGCAUCUUCCUGGUGUCCACCUUCUCCAUGAAGGAAACGUCAUAUGAAGAAGCCCUAGCCAACCAGCGCAAGGAGAUGGCAAAAACGCACCACCAGAAAGUGGAGAAGAAAAAGAAGGAGAAAACAGUGGAGAAGAAAGGAAAGACCAAGAAAAAGGAAGAGAAACCCAAUGGGAAGAUACCUGACCAUGAGCCAGCCCCCAAUGUGACCAUCCUUCUCAAAGAUCCUGUGCGGGCACCUGCAGUGGCCGUGGCUCCAACCCCAGUGCAGCCCCCCGUGGUCAUUGCCCCUGUAGCCCCAGUACCAGCUGUGCCCCAAGAGAAGCUGGCCUCCUCCCCUAAGGACAAAAAGAAAAAGGAGAAAAAAAUCGCAAAGGUGGAACCAGCAGUUAGUUCUGUAGUGAAUUCUAUCCAAGUUCUUACCUCCAAGGCUGCCAUCUUGGAAACUGCUCCCAAAGAGGUGCCUAUGGUGGUUGUGCCCCCAGUGGGUGCCAAGGCCAGUACCCCAGCCACUGGCACUGCACAAGGCAAAAAGGCAGAGGGAGCCCAGAACCAGAACAAAAAGGCAGAGGGAGUCCAGAACCAAAACAAAAAGGCAGAGGGAACCCCCAACCAGGGCAAAAAAGCAGAGGGGGCUCCCAACCAGGGCAAAAAGGCAGAGGGAGCCCAGAAUCAGGGCAAAAAGGUAGAAGUGGUCCCGAACCAGGGCAAAAAGGCAGAAGGGGCCCAGAAUCAGGGUAAAAAGGCAGAAGGGACCCAGAAUCAGGGCAAAAAGGCAGAAGGGGCCCAGAAUCAGAGCAAAAAGGCAGAAGGGGCCCAGAAUCAGAGUAAAAAGGGAGAAGGAACCCCAAACCAAGGCAAAAAGACAGAAGCGGUCCCCAACCAGGGCAAAAAGACAGACGGGGCCCCCAACCAGGGCAAAAAGGCAGAGGGAGCUUCCAACCAGGGCAAAAAAGUAGAAGGGACCCAUAAUCAGGGCAAAAAGGCAGAGGGGGCACAGAAUCAGGGCAAAAAAGCAGAGGGGGCCUCAAACCAGGGUAAAAAAGAGGAGGGGACCCCAAACCAGAGUAAAAAGGCAGACGGGAGCCCCAAUCAGGGGAAAAAGGUGGAAGUGGUUCAGAACCAGAGCAAAAAGUUAGAGGGGACCCUCAACCAGGGCAAAAAGGCAGAGGGGGCCCAGAACCAGGGCAAAAAAGUAGAGGGGGCCCAGAACCAGGGCAAAAAGGCAGAGGGGGGCCAGAACCAGGGCAAAAAGGUGGAGGGAGCCCCCAACCAGGGCAAAAAGGAGGGAACCCCAAACCAGGGUAAAAAGGCUGAGGGUGCCCCCAACCAGGGCAAAAAGACAGAGGGGACCCCCAACCAGGGCAAAAAGGCAGAGGGGGCUCCCAACCAGGGCAAAAAGGCAGAGGGGGCUCCCAACCAGGGCAAAAAGGCCGAGGGGGCCCAGAAUCAGGGCAAAAAGGCUGAGGGGGCCCAGAAUCAGGGCAAAAAGGCAGAGGGGGCCCAGAAUCAGGGUAAAAAGGCAGAUUCAGUUGCUAGUCAGGGCACAAAGGCAGAGGCUGUUGCAAGCCAGGGGAAAAAAGCAGAGGGGGCCCCCAAUCAAGGCAAAAAGGCAGAGGGAACCCCGACCCAGGGCAAAAAGUCAGAAGGGUCCCCCAACCAGGGCAAAAAGGUGGAUACAUCUGCCAAUCAGGGUAAAAGGACAGAGUCAGCUCCUAUCCAAGGCAAAAAUGCAGAUAUGGUCCAGAGCCAAGAGGCACCAAAGCAAGAGGCUCCUGCAAAGAAGAAGUCUGGUUCAAAGAAGAAAGGUGAGCCUGCGCCACCGGACUCCGACAGUCCUCUCUACCUCCCUUACAAGACUCUGGUCUCCACAGUCGGAAGCAUGGUAUUCAACGAGGGUGAGGCCCAGCGGCUCAUUGAGAUCCUGUCCGAGAAGGCUGGAGUCAUCCAGGACACUUGGCAUAAGGCCACUCAGAAGGGCGACCCUGUGGCAAUUCUGAAACGCCAGCUGGAAGAGAAGGAAAAGCUGCUGGCCACAGAGCAGGAAGACGCAGCUGCCGCCAAGAGCAAACUGAGGGAGCUCAAUAAGGAGCUGGCAGCAGAAAAGGCUAAGGCAGCAGCCGGGGAGGCCAAGGUGAAGAAGCAGCUUGUGGCCCGGGAGCAGGAGAUCACAGCCGUGCAGGCGCGCAUGCAGGCCAGCUACCGGGAGCACGUCAAGGAAGUGCAGCAGCUACAGGGCAAGAUCCGGACUCUUCAGGAGCAACUGGAGAAUGGCCCCAACACACAGCUGGCCCGUCUGCAGCAAGAGAACUCCAUCCUGAGGGAUGCCUUGAAUCAGGCCACGAGCCAGGUGGAGAGCAAGCAGAAUGCGGAGCUGGCCAAGCUCCGGCAGGAGCUCAGCAAGGUCAGCAAGGAGUUGGUGGAGAAGUCAGAGGCCGCACGGCAGGAGGAACAGCAGCGGAAGGCUCUGGAGACCAAGGCGGCCGCCUUUGAGAAACAGGUCCUACAGCUGCAGGUGUCUCACAAGGAGAGUGAGGAGGCUCUGCAGAAGCGCCUGGACGAGGUCAGCCGGGAACUGUGCCGCUCACAGACCAGCCACGCCAGCCUGCGGGCGGACGCCGAGAAGGCCCAGGAGCAGCAGCAGCAGAUGGCCGAGCUGCACAGCAAACUUCAGUCCUCCGAGGCGGAGAUGAAGAGCAAGUGUGAGGAGCUGAGUGGUCUCCACGGGCAGCUCAAGGAGGCCAGGGCUGAGAACUCGCAGCUCACCGAGAGAAUCCGGUCCAUUGAGGCCCUGCUGGAGGCGGGCCAGGCCCGAGACACCCAGGACGCCCAGGCCAGCCAAGUGGAGCAGCAGGCCCACCUCAAGGAGCUGGAGUCCCAGGUGCGGUGUCUGGAAAAGGAGGCCACCGAGCUCAAGGAGGCAGUUGAGCAGCAGAAAGUGAAGAACAAUGACCUCCGAGAGAAGAACUGGAAGGCCAUGGAGGCUCUGGCCUCGGCCGAGAGAGCCUGUGAGGAGAAGCUGCGCUCCCUGACCCAGGCCAAGGAGGAAUCGGAGAGGCAGCUCAGCUUGACCGAGGCACAGACCAAGGAAGCCCUGCUCGCCCUGCUGCCAGCGCUCUCUGGCUCGGCACACCAGAGUUACACCGAGUGGCUGCAGGAACUCCGAGAGAAGGGCCCCGAGCUGCUGAAGCCGCCGCCAGCUGGCACAGAGCCCUCCUCGGACCUGGCCUCCAAGCUGAGGGAGGCCGAGGAGACCCAGAACAGUCUGCAGGCUGAGUGUGACCAGUACCGCACCAUCCUGGCGGAGACGGAGGGCAUGCUCAAGGACCUACAGAGGAGCGUGGAGGAGGAGGAGCAGGUGUGGAAGGCCAAAGUGAGCGCCACGGAGGAGGAGCUCCAGAAGUCACGGGUCACAGUGACACAUCUCGAAGAGAUCGUAGAGAAGCUGAGAGGAGAACUUGAAAGUUCAGAUCAGGUGCGGGAACACACCUCACAUCUGGAAGCAGAGCUGGAGAAGCACAUGGCGGCCUCCAGCGCCGAGUGCCAGAGCUACGCCAAGGAGGUGGCAGGGUUGAGGCAACUUUUAUUAGAAUCUCAGUCUCAGCUGGAUGCAGCCAAGAGUGAAGCCCAGAAACAAAGCAAUGAGCUCGCCCUGGUCAGGCAGCAGCUGAGUGAGAUGCAGAGCCACGUAGAGGAUGGUGACGUAGCUGGGUCCCCGGCUGUCCCCCCUGAGGCCCCCCCAGCAGAGCAGGACCCUGUCGAGCUGAAGACGCAGCUGGAGCGGACGGAAGCCCUCCUGGAGGACGAGCAGACACAACGGCAGAAGCUCACGGCCGAGUUUGAGGAGGCGGACUUGUAG